UGGGUGGAGGAGCUGGGGACUGCUGUCAGUUGAAAAAGGCAGGCUUAGCUUGGCUCUCUGGGAAACCACAGACAAGGCACAGAAAUGCUGCAAGCAGAGAGCGUCUUGGUGACGGGGUCCAACCGAGGGAUUGGCUUGGAGAUUGUCAGGCAGCUGGUGGGGAAAAUCCAUCGGAUCUUUGCCACCUGCCGGGACCCGGAGGGACCACGUGCCCAGGAGCUGAGGAGCCUGGCUGCCAAGCACCAAGGAGUGGAGAUCAUCCCUCUGGAUAUUAAUGAUCCAUCCAGCAUUGAGAAAGCUGCUGCCAAAGUUACUGAACUCCUCCAAGGAGCUGGGCUGAAUCUCUUGAUCAACAAUGCUGGGAUCGUAAAGCCAAGCAGUCUGGAAUCGGAGACAGCAGAGAAUAUGGCCGAGGUGUACAAAACCAACGUGAUAGGGCCCAUGCUGGUGAGCCAGGCAUUCCUGCCCUUGCUGAGAAAGGCAUCCCAGAAAAGCCCCCAGAAAGGGAUGGGCUGCAGCAAAGCCGCCAUUGUCAAUUUGUCCAGCGAAGGAGGCUCCAUCACCAAUAUCCUCGGAUGGAGUAUCGGACAUGUUAUGAAUUACCGCUGCAGCAAGGCUGCUCUGAACAUGCUCAGCCGGUGCCAGGGCCUGGGAUUUGCAGAAGACGGGAUCCUGUGCAUUGCGUUACACCCUGGAUGGGUGCAGACAGACAUGGGAAAUAUGCCGGGACAACUAGCCCCAAUGACAGUGGAUGCAAGUGUGCGAGCCAUCCUGGACACCUUGGGCCGUCUCACUGAGAAAGACAGUGGCACUUUUGUGAACUGGGAGGGGGUCGUUGUGCCUUGGUGAGACCCCAACCUGCCCUGCCUAGAAAUGCCUUAUGUGUGGACAGGAUGAGGGAUGUGAAUGCCUGACUAACUGUGUCUUCUUCUGCAAUAAAGUUACCAUAAAUUGCUGAAA